UUUGUUGUGCGCUCGUAAGGAUGUGUCCGCUGGCGCUGCCGGACUUCGUGCGUUCGCGUCGCGUGUGUGCGCGUUUAUCCUGACGCUGAACGUAACGGAACGUCUCUCAGCCCAAGAGGCCAACAAGGCCCGAAAAGUGCUUCAAGCCAGCCGAAAAUCUAUAUAUAUCUCGAGUGAAUGCCAGAAUAAUAAUAAUGCCUAUUUAGCAAAGAUAAGAAAUAUCCGAUAAUAAAAUGCGGCAGUCGGUGUCAAGUUCGGUGUUAAGUUUUUAUUUGUGUUCGUGUGCUUGGCGGGCAGCAAGUUCCAAACUAACGACGAUCUCGAGGAAUAACCAGUAACUGAGCGAAGGUCUUUUGUGCUGCAGAAUAUAAAAAACACAGCAAAAGCUCAUCCGAAAUGAUCACCUAAAGCAAAAAUCGGUGCAAACAUUAAACUAAACCGUACCAAACUAAAAUAACUAAAAACGCUGCGGCUCAUACUCGCAAACAUAGUUUAAUUGGCACUGGAAAUAUACAAAAAAUACAUGUAAAUUGAUUUCGGAAAGCCCAAGGGCAGAAGUGAAAAAAAAUCCAACCCAAAUCCACAAAAAAUCGUAACGCAAACCACCGCAAAAUUUGCUUUAGAUAAAAGAGAAAUUAAUACAAGAAAAACCAACUAAAAGCCACUCCCUAAUCGCAUCAAACAAAAUGACGCUGCGCAUAUCGGCCGAAUACGGAAAUCAUCGACGGCUCAUCAUUCCUGGCUGUGUGCUGCUCCUGAUUUUGGCCAUCUUGCCUGCUUCGCGGGCAGGACGCAUCUUUGACGUCACAAAUCUCGACUACGUAAAGGUGAAUGCCGAGGCGGGCAAAAACGUGACCAUUCCGUGUCCGGGGGUCAACGAGCACUCGCUGGUGGACACGCUCGUGUGGAAAACGGCGUCCACGACAAUCGCGCAGUUUGCCAAUCGGAUACCUCUGCUCCACAGUCCAAGGAUACAACUUUUAUCGGACAACUUCGGCCUGCAGUUUUCGCCCUCCUUAGCGAGUGAUACGUCGGAAUAUAUAUGCCUCGUUAACGAUCGGCAUAUACCAGAGGCCAUUGUGGAUUUACUGGUCCAAGAUGUGCCCGAUCCGCCGGAGCGACCAUUGUUGAUAAGUUUCACAUCACGCUCGGUGAAUUUAUCCUGGGCGCACUCGCAGCAUCCGCGGAAUGCACCCGUCACGCAUUUUAUUAUUGAAACGCGGGAGGGCGAGGACGGCAUUUGGGAGCAGCUGGCCAGGAUCUACACCAAAACCAAUGCGACUUCAUACCAGGUGACUGGGCUGACGCCCUUCACCGUCUACAGCUUUCGUCUCCUGGCGGUCAACAAGCUGGGAAUCAGUCCGCCGUCCAAGGAAUCCUACUACAUAGUCACGCUGCGUGAGGCUCCCACAGGCAAGCCCAUUCCGACAACGGCCCACAACACGUCCUCCACCUCGGUCUACAUCUCGUGGAAGGCCCCUCCGCCGGAUACCAUAUUGGGCGAGUUCCUUGGCUACCGCAUCACAUAUCGACCACGCGAUCGUGACCCGAACGAUACAAAGGAAAUCUAUAUACGCGACAACACCGUGGAGAGCCAUGAGAUUCAGAAUCUGCAGACGUAUACGCAGUACAAGGUGACGGUGCAGGUGUUUAACCCCGAGGGUCUGGGACCAGAGACCACCAUUCUGGUGAUGACCGACGAAGGAGUGCCAAGCAAACCCCAGAAUCUCACCAUCCUGGAUGUUUCGGCCAACAGUAUUACGAUGUCUUGGCAUCCGCCAAAGAAUCAAAACGGAGCCAUCGCCGGUUACCAUGUGUUCCACAUACACGACAAUCAAACUGGCGUGGAAAUCGUGAAGAACUCUCGCAAUUCGGUCGAAACACUCAUUCACUUUGAGUUGCAGAAUUUACGACCCUACACCGAUUAUCGUGUGAUAGUUAAGGCAUUUACCACCAAAAAUGAAGGCGAACCCUCAGAUCAGAUUGCCCAGAGAACAGAUGUUGGUGGUCCCAGUGCUCCGGCUAUUGUAAACCUCACCUGCCACUCCCAGGAAUCGAUCACUAUUCGCUGGCGAAGACCCUAUGAGUUCUAUAACACCAUUGAUUUUUACAUAAUCAAGACGCGAUUGGCUGGACAGGAUACACAUCGGGAUAUAAGGAUAAAUGCAUCCGCCAAAGAGCUGGAAACUGCGAUGAUUCUACAAAAUCUGACAACCAACUCGUACUACGAGGUCAAAGUGGCAGCGGCAACGUUCAGUGUCAUAAAUCCAAAGAAAAUUGUGUUGGGCAAAUUUUCGGAGUCAAGGAUCAUUCAACUACAACCGAAUUGCGAAAAACUCCAACCUCUGCUGCGUCAAUCGCAUAAUGACUACAACCUGGCCGUAUUGGUGGGCAUUAUCUUCAGCUGCUUCGGCAUCAUUCUGAUCAUCAUGGCCUUCUUCCUGUGGAGCAGAAAGUGCUUCCAUGCGGCCUACUAUUAUCUGGAUGAUCCGCCGCACCACCCCAAUGCCCCGCAAGUCGAUUGGGAGGUACCCGUAAAGAUCGGCGAUGAGAUCCGGGCAGCUGUUCCCGUAAAUGAAUUCGCCAAGCACGUGGCCUCCCUGCAUGCAGAUGGAGAUAUUGGAUUUAGUCGGGAGUACGAGGCCAUCCAGAACGAGUGCAUCAGCGAUGAUCUGCCAUGUGAGCACUCGCAGCAUCCCGAGAACAAACGCAAAAAUCGCUAUCUGAACAUCACAGCCUAUGAUCACAGUCGAGUGCACUUGCAUCCCACACCGGGACAAAAGAAGAACCUGGACUACAUCAAUGCCAAUUUCAUCGACGGCUACCAAAAGGGACAUGCCUUUAUUGGCACCCAAGGACCUUUGCCCGACACCUUCGACUGCUUCUGGCGGAUGAUUUGGGAGCAGAGGGUGGCCAUCAUAGUGAUGAUCACCAAUCUUGUGGAGCGUGGACGGCGCAAGUGCGACAUGUACUGGCCGAAGGAUGGCGUUGAAACCUACGGCGUUAUCCAGGUCAAACUUAUCGAGGAGGAAGUCAUGUCCACUUACACAGUUCGCACUCUGCAGAUCAAGCACUUGAAGCUUAAGAAGAAAAAGCAGUGCAAUACGGAGAAGCUGGUCUACCAAUAUCACUAUACCAACUGGCCCGAUCAUGGAACUCCCGAUCAUCCGCUUCCUGUUCUGAACUUUGUCAAGAAAUCAUCGGCCGCCAAUCCCGCAGAGGCUGGUCCCAUAGUUGUGCACUGCAGCGCUGGCGUUGGUCGCACUGGCACCUACAUCGUUCUGGACGCCAUGCUGAAGCAAAUCCAGCAGAAAUCGAUUGUGAAUGUCUUCGGCUUCCUGCGUCACAUUCGAGCCCAGAGAAACUUUUUGGUCCAGACCGAGGAGCAGUACAUAUUCCUGCACGAUGCUCUGGUCGAGGCCAUUGCCUCGGGGGAGACCAACCUGAUGGCCGAGCAGGUCGAGGAGCUUAAGAACUGCACUCCCUACUUGGAGCAGCAGUACAAGAACAUCAUCCAGUUCCAGCCGAAGGACAUUCACAUUGCCUCCGCCAUGAAGCAGGUGAACUCGAUCAAGAACCGCGGAGCCAUCUUCCCCAUCGAGGGCAGUCGGGUGCACUUGACACCCAAGCCGGGCGAGGAUGGUAGCGAUUACAUCAACGCCUCGUGGCUUCACGGCUUCCGGAGACUAAGGGACUUCAUCGUCACCCAACAUCCCAUGGCGCACACGAUAAAGGACUUCUGGCAGAUGGUCUGGGACCACAAUGCACAGACAGUCGUGCUGCUCUCAUCCUUGGAUGAUAUAAACUUUGCCCAGUUUUGGCCGGAUGAGGCCACGCCCAUCGAGAGCGAUCACUAUCGCGUCAAGUAUCUAAACAAGACCAACAAAAGCGACUAUGUGAGCCGCGACUUUGUUAUCCAGUCGAUACAGGACGACUACGAGCUGACGGUCAAAAUGCUGCACUGUCCCAGUUGGCCGGAGAUGUCCAAUCCCAACAGCAUCUACGACUUUAUCGUGGAUGUGCACGAGCGCUGCAAUGACUACCGCAAUGGUCCAAUUGUCAUUGUGGAUAGAUAUGGUGGCGCCCAGGCGUGCACCUUCUGUGCGAUCUCAUCGCUGGCCAUCGAGAUGGAGUACUGCAGCACAGCCAACGUGUACCAGUAUGCGAAGCUGUACCACAACAAGCGACCCGGGGUGUGGACCUCCAGCGAGGACAUUCGCGUCAUCUACAAUAUACUUUCAUUUUUGCCUGGCAAUUUGAACCUGCUGAAGCGCACGGCGCUUCGGACUGAAUUCGAGGAUGUGACAACGGCCACGCCGGAUCUCUAUAGCAAAAUAUGCAGCAAUGGUAAUGUUCCACAGCAUGUCAUACUGCAGCAGCAGCAGCUGCACAUGCUGCAGUUGCAGCAGCAGCACCUAGAGACACAGCAGCAGCAGCAACAACAACUACAACAACAACAGACAGCACUCCAUGAGACAGUCAGCACACCACCAACCGAUACUAAUCCAAGCAUCUUGCCCAUUCUGUCAUUGUUACCGCCCACAGUCGCUCCACUGUCCUUCAACUCAUCCACACCACCACCACCGCCACAACCAAGUUCUCCAACACCAUCCCCACAAGCCAUCCAAAUGCCAUCGCCAUCCGACCUGUCCCACCAGAUCUCACCCACAGUCGCCAAUGCAACAUCUCCGGCAACACCAGCAACUGCAACUGCAACUGCAACACCAACGACUCCAACGACACCAACAACAGUCCUACCCAUAACACCAACAAUACCACUCGCAUCCCCGAACAGUUUAACCCUUACUAAUGCCAAUUUCCAUACUGUUACUAAUAACGCUGCUGAUCUGAUGGAACACCAACAACAACAAAUGCUGGCCUUGAUGCAACAACAAACGCAACUUCAACAACAAUACAACACGCAUCAACAUCACAACAAUGUUGGUGAUUUACUGAUGAACAAUGCGGACAAUUCACCAACCACUUCACCAACGAUCAUCAACAAUAAUAAUAACAACAACAACGUCACAAAUGCAGCAGCGACAGAUGCUCAAAACUUAGAUAUUGUAGGCUAAACUAAAGAUAAAUUUACAGAGAGAAAUUAAAUCAUUUUAUAAAUGUUUAAAUAUAAAUAUUUAAAUUUAAACACCGUA